AUGGCAUUGACCGAUCUCGUACUUGACUUUUACGAGAUGACCAAUGCAAGUCGAGUUGAUAUGAGUGAUUUCGAAUUACUUAAAGUACUUGGCACGGGAGCUUAUGGCAAAGUUUUCCUCGUGCGUAAAAUAACCGGUGCCGACACAGGACAAUUAUAUGCAAUGAAAGUUUUGAAAAAAGCAGCUAUUUUACAAAAAGCUAAAACAGCUGAACAUAUUAAAACUGAACGGCAAGUGUUAGAAGCAAUUCGUCAGAUUCCUUUUUUAGUAUCACUUCAUUAUGCUUUUCAAAGCGACGCCAAACUUCAUCUUGUUAUGGAUUAUGUUAGCGGUGGAGAAUUAUUCACGCAUCUAAAUAAACGACAACGCUUUAGUGAACAAGAUGCGAAAAUAUACAUCGCUGAAUUAACACUUGCUCUUGGUCAAUUACAUAAACUCGGAAUUAUUUAUCGAGAUAUUAAACUGGAGAAUAUACUACUUGAUAAUGAAGGUCAUAUUGUCCUCGCAGAUUUUGGUUUAAGUAAAGAAUUUCGACCAGAUGAUUCGGAUAAACGAACAUACUCAUUUUGUGGUACAAUCGAAUAUAUGGCACCAGAAGUUGUCAAAGGAGGAGAUGCUGGACAUGAUUUUACAGUUGAUUGGUGGAGUCUUGGUGUUCUUACAUUUGAACUUUUAACCGGUGCGUCUCCUUUUACUGUUGAUGGGGAUCGAAAUACUCAACCAGAUAUAUCAAAACGAAUAGUAAAAAAUCAUCCAUUAAUACCAAAUCAUAUAUCAAAAAUAGCAAAAGAUUUCAUUCUUAAGCUUUUAACAAAAAAUCCCAAACGUCGUUUGGGUUCUAAAGGACUAGAAGAUAUUAAGCGUCAUCCAUUUUUCGGAACUGAUAUAGAUUGGGAUGCUAUUUUACAUAAACGUACUCAAGCACCAGUUAAACCAAAACUUAAAAAUGAAAUGGAUACAAGUAAUUUUGCAGAAGAAUUCACUCGUUUACCAAUAACAGAUUCACCUGGUUUGGCACCACCAACCGAGAGUCUUUUUAGAGGUUAUUCAUUUAUUUCACCUACUGUUAUUUUUGGCCCAGAGAAUGCCGUAAACGAAGAUAUGUAUAAUCUUCUUCGCCUUACAAAUUACCAACGACCUGAUCCAUCUCAACUGCAUCGAUUGAUUAAAACAAGUCCGUUUUUUCGAAAUUAUGAACUUAUUGAUCGGGAAGGUUUUCUUGGUGAAGGCAGUUUUUCAAUCUGUCGUCGUUGCCGAAAUCGUCGAACACAAGAAGAGUUUGCUGUCAAAAUCGUGUCACAUAGGCAAAAAGUUGAUGCACAAAAUGAAAUUGAACUUCUACAUCUAUGUCAAGGUCAUGCUAAUAUUGUUAAAUUGCAUGAAGUUUAUUCUGAUGAGCUUCAUACAUAUAUUAUAAUGGAGUUAUUGACCGGUGGUGAACUUUUCUAUCGAAUACGAACGCAAACAUCAUUUUCUGAAAAAGAAGCAAGUCAAUUAAUGAAAAAACUUGUAUCAGCUGUCAAUUUUAUGCAUAGUCAUGAUCUAUGUCAUCGAGAUUUGAAACCAGAAAAUUUACUUUUUGCAUCACCGAAUCCUGAUGCUGAAAUAAAAAUAAUUGAUUUUGGUUUUGCCAAGAAACGUGUUAAACAUCAACAGAUGACAACACCGUGUGGUACACUCUUAUAUACAGCACCAGAAGUACUUCGUACUGCCACAUCAUUUAGCGAAUCUCAAUCAUCUUGUCUUUCGACUUCAUCAGCUUCAUCUUCAUUAUCAACAAGUACGACUAUUGCUUUUGUAUCUUCGACAGCGAAAAAUGCAAAUGCAUUCACAUAUGGUUAUGAUGAAUCAUGUGAUUUAUGGUCGCUAGGAGUUAUUCUAUAUACAAUGUUAAGCGGUGAAGUUCCAUUUAAUUCAAUAACAGCUCAUCGAACAGCUGAAGAUAUUGUUGAAGAUAUAACACGCUCUCAAUUAUCAUAUGAUACACUGGCAUGGAAAAAUGUUUCACAAGCUGCUAAAGAUCUUGUCAAAGGUUUAUUAACAAUUGAUCCAUCGAAACGUCUAACAAUAAAAGAUCUGUCGAGGAAUGCUUGGAUUCGUGGUUCCAGUAUUCCAGCAGUACAUGAAAAUUUAAUGACACCAAAUAUACUUUGCCAAGCAUCUCGAUCUCUCAUUGUUCGUGCUGUUAAUAUUACAAUGCGUGCAUUUCAAAAAGCUGGUCAAUUUCAAUUAUCUUCUGUCACUGAUGGCCUUCUAGCACGACGUCGAUAUGCAAAGAAAUCCACUGAUUCAUGUUCAUCAACAUCAAGUUCGACAACAGCCGUCGUACCUAGUUAUAACAUUUCUUCGUCUACAUUACCACAUACUCGUCGUUUGUGUGGUAAUGGUGUUUGCCGUUGCCGUCAUGCUCUAUGCCCACCAACGAAUAGUAUAUUGUCCUUGUCUUCAUUUGACUUUAGUGAAGAAAGACUGUCCCAGUUAAUUGAUCAAUAUCCAUUGACAACAACAACAAUAACACCACCAAAAAGAUAUGGAAUGACAUUAAGACCACGAGCAACAGCUGCUGCUACUACAAAUAGCAUUCAUCAUGAAUUCGCGUCGCCUGCUCCACCUCCACCAUUAUUUCUUGUUCCUUCUUUAUCACUUUCGUGUUCAUCUUCUUUAUCAUCUUCAUCGUUGUCUUCCAUCACUACAGAUAUCCUUCAUCCGACUAAUACUUACGGUGAGAAACGUCAAUUAGCAUCACCAGUUCAUCAUUCACUUGGAUCAACCAGUAAGAAAGUCAAAAGAUCGGGUACAAUAACUAUUAAUGAUUAG